UUCCAUGAAUUCUAAUUAAAAUAUUCACCGUCGCAUUCAGACUUCAGAGGCUGCUACUAAUUUUCAUUUCUUUCCCAUAAAAAAGGUUCUUAAAUUUUUUCCACAGUUGAACACCAGAGUUGAAUUUGAGAGCAAGAGACAUAGAGAAGGGAAGGAGAUGGUCAAAGGGAGAAGAAGGUUGUGGUGACGAUGGUGGCCGCCACUGAAGUCCUCUGUGAGCUCGCAAACACAAAGUUAGCUCCUUUUUGCCUUCCCUUUGUCUUCUCUUGAAUCAAAACUGCUACUUUUUUGUUCAAUCCGUUUGGUUUCAUCUCUUUCACGGGCUUGGUUUGGAGAGGUGUUGUUUUCGAUUGAGAAGCAGUCUUUCUGUUGCUUUUUCGUGUGUUUGAUUAGGAAAAGGUGCCGCCUUUGAGUGGUUUUCUUGUGGUGUUUUUGGGGGUUUGGAUAUCUGGUGGGGAAUGGUGGAUGGGGAGUAGGAGAGGUGGGGUUGGUGUGGGUAACAAUAACGAGUUUGAUCUCGUGAUGCCGAGCUUUGUUUCUUCAACUUCAGUGGCCCUUCCAGUUAGCACAGAAGGUAACAACACGCAAGCUGCUCCUGUUUCAGGCUAUGGGGGAGUUGAGCAGUCUGUUGGACUACGUCGUAUUGACACUGUGGACCUCAGCAUAAGUCCUCUUCUUGAUCCAAAAUCAACUAGCCUGGCCAUUAAUUCUGAUUCUCAUCAAUUUACUGGUUUUAAUAAGACUUUCACUUUGCCUGAAAUUACUGCAUCAGCUAGAGUUGGAUCUUUCACUUUGCCUGAGAAGAAGGAUCAAAGGCCGAAUUUAGUUUCUUUGUUGAGUGGUCAUUUAGAAAACUGGGGAGAUUCCACAAUGGCUGAUUCUAGUCCUAGGACUGAUACUAAUGAACAAGGACAACAUGCUGCUGUAGGAGCUUCUGAUUCUAGUGGUAGAUCAAAAGACAAGACUGACCAAAAGACACUUCGUCGUUUAGCUCAAAACCGUGAAGCUGCUAGAAAAAGCCGAUUGAGGAAAAAGGCAUAUGUUCAACAACUGGAGAGCAGCAGGCUAAAGCUUACUCAACUUGAACAGGAGCUUCACCGAGCUCGCCAGCAGGGUAUUUUCAUUUCAAAUUCAGGGGAUCAGGCCCAUUCAAUGAAUGGAAAUGGGGCUUUGACAUUUGACGUAGAGUACGCAAGGUGGCUAGAAGAGCACAGCCGGCAAAUUGGUGAUCUGAGGAAUGCGGUUAACUCUCAUGCAAGUGACGUUGAUCUUCGAGUUACAGUUGAUGGUGUUAUGGCACACUACGAUGAAAUUUUUAAGCUUAAAGGUGCUGCUGCUAAGGCGGAUGUCUUUUACAUGUUAUCUGGUAUGUGGAAGACUCCUGCAGAAAGGUGUUUUAUGUGGCUUGGAGGCUUUCGGUCAUCUGAACUUCUCAAGCUUCUUGUAAGUCAACUCGAGCCACUUACUGAACAACAGUUGGUGGGGAUAUGCAACCUACAGCAAUCCUCCCAACAGGCCGAAGACGCUCUUUCACAAGGUAUGGAUGCGCUUCAACAGUCCUUGGCUGAAACAUUGGCUUCCGGCUCUCUGGGCCCCUCCGGGUCAUCAGGGAAUGUUGCAAACUAUAUGGGUCAGAUGGCAAUGGCCAUGGGAAAGCUGGGCACCCUCGAGAACUUUCUUCGGCAGGCUGAUAAUCUUCGACAGCAAACCCUGCAGCAAAUGCAUCGAAUACUUACAGUCCGUCAAUCAGCUCGGGCACUCCUAGCCAUCAGUGAUUACUUUUCGCGGCUCCGUGCAUUGAGCUCUCUUUGGCUUGCACGACCGAGGGAGUGAGGACCUAGGUCGAUUCAGCCAUUUGUUCUCCUGAAAAUCUUAUACAAUAUGAAGAAUUAUGUGGACUCGAAAAGAUGCUCUCCUCUCUUCUGCCUCUUUCCUUUCAAUGAUGAUAUGAGAAGUCAACUGGUGCAAUGGUGCACGCAGAGCUUAUGUUUAUACUUAGCUCAGGAAUUCCUGCGAUCGUCUUUCAUUGUAUGAUAUCAUGAACACAUGAGAUUUCUAUGUCAACUGUUUGAGAACAUUUGCAGCCAUCUAUCAGUAGAUUAGCAUGUUUAACUGCCAAAGGAAAAAUGGCUUGAGAUUAUAAAGACUUUAAUGAGAUAUCUUCCUAUGCUUAUACAAAAGAAAAGGUAUGCUAUGUUUUUGUUUCAA